AUGUCCCAAGUCAUUUGUGAGGAAGGCUCAUAUGCUGCGCCAUCAGCAACAACCGACGUGCUUCGAGCACAUCAAUUUCGAUGCAAAGAGAGGGGGGAAGCACCGGUUCCAGAAGGACAGAGUAAAGGUCGAAAAAGAUCGUCAUGUCUUUCUUGCGUCAAGCUGAGGACGAAAUGUGAUCAAGAGACUCCUUGUACUCGCUGCCAGGAACUAGGAAAGGAGUGCAUCAGAUGUAAGUCUUGGUCAGCAUUUCCUCGGCCUCCAAAUUUUGAUGUCUUGUUGUCAGCCUCAAGUCCCCAGAAGACGCCGGAGGUUCCCCGACCCAAAAGUCGCGAUGCGAUACCCAUUCACCAUCUCCUGAAUGCUCCGGAGGACGAUGACUUUAUCGGCCGAUUUCCGAUUCGCAGCAACCCGAGAGGCGCGGUCGGUGAGGAUGAUGAGACGACCGUGGGCGACCACGAAGAUUCGUCCGAAGCCUCUCAUUGGAGUGAAGAUUAUGAACACCAUGAUGUUUUUAUUGGUGCAGAAAUUCCGGAUUUGGAAGGGGUCAACUUCGAUUCGUUCUUUGGCGGAUUUGAAUCCUUGACAUUUGGCUUGUACCCUCUCCACUCCGACUUGUCACGCAUUACCAGUGGAGGUGGAGUGGCUUCUGAUACGGCCAUGGCUCUUGAACCUCGCGCCUACGAAAUCAGACAGUUGUUGAUGGAAUCGGCCUCGAAACUAGCGGAUCAGUUCCCGGAAAUCCCACACAACCCUCAUUUGGCUUCUUCUAUCCGGCUCCUUACCCACACCGAACUGGACCACUGCCUCGAUCUGUUCUUCGGCAAUUACCAUCGACACUGUCCGAUCCUUCAUCGACCAUCUUUUCAGCCGACAAUCGUGCCAAUCCCUCUCCUGCUAUCAACCGUCGCACUCGGAGCGAUGUAUUCUCCGGAGCCAGGGAAAAAGGCGUGGAUGAAGAGUUUGUUGGAUGUAAUGGAAGCAUAUAUCUUUUCUCUACCCGGGCUGAGGGAAGAAUAUAUCGGUGGUUUAAUGCUUUCCGAAGCUCAAGAUGAAGAAACUUUAAAUUCUCAAUUCCAGCUGUUUCAGGGAGGAUAUCUGAUGGUUGUCGUUCAGUAUUUCUCAGGGAAUUUGGCCGGGAGGAGAAGGGCUCGACGGCAAAGGUUUUCUACGAUAUUGAGUAUUGCCAGAUCAUUCGGUCUGCCGACUGCACAACAUGGAAGCAUCGUUGCAAUACCGGACGAAGCAGCUUUCCAGCGAUGGGUGCGAAACGAGUGUCGAGUUCGGACAAUGAACAUAAUCCUCGCACUGGAUUCGGCGAUGGGAAUUUUCAACAAUGUCCACCAUCGAGUUGAUUAUUGUGAGCUCGAUUUACAGAUGCCUUGUCAUCCGGAAUAUUUCGAGCUUUCGAGCCACGCAGAGAUGCUGCGACGAUCCUCGUUUCCUCGUGCGCGAAUAAAACUGAUCGACGCGUUUGCAAAACUUUUUGUGUCUCCCAACGAAUUAAAAUCCGCCUAUCAAAAUGAGGUCUUGUGUUGUUGGGACAUGCUCUAUUUAAGUCACGUUCUAUUUACACACUGCUGGCAACAUCUUCUCGGGAACCCACUCAAUCGAAUCUCCGCUACUUCCCUCGCCUUCGCCUCGCCCGCGGUCAUCGAGCCCAUGAAAACCGCUCUUGCUAAUUGGAAGACUCUAUGGGAUGAUAUCCGUGUUAAUGUCCCUCGUUCCACCGUCAGCGAGAUGGGCUUCGAAACUUCCGCCGACAGCUACUGGACACUGACCAAGUUAGUUGUGCAGAGAUUCGAAGGGAAAUCCCCCAGCCAUCAUCAUCCGAACGGCGCCGCAAACACAACCACUUUUCUCAAUGGUAUGAUGGGCAAUGAUGAUACCGCGAGUGAAUCUAGCGCGAAUAGCUUGGGGAUGGGAGGGUCAAGUACAGGAUUGGAUUUCAUGCCACUGGAGGCCGAUUGUGAUAGUCAAGGGGCACAUUUGAGGAAGAUUCUCAAGCGGUAA